UACCAAGAUGUCUGCGCCCGACGAUCACACGCUGGCCGAGGAAGAAGCCGAGCAGGCGGAGAUGGACGACACCGUCAGCGACGAGGACGAAGGGGAAGACAUGGAAGAGGAAGGCGCGGACGAAGAGGGGCAGAGGAAGGUUUACGUCCCCGGGAUAGAGCCAUCCGAGGCCGCGGAGGAGCUGGAGAUGGACCGCUCCGCGUACCGCAUGUACCACGAGUGUCAGACAGGUGCUCCUUGUUUGAGCUUCGACGUCAUGAAAGAUGGAGAAGGAGAAGGCAGGGAUCAGUUCCCCUUGUCCAUGCUGCUCUGCGCCGGGACGCAGGCGGAGACGGCCCUGAAGAACAGACUUCUGGUCAUGCGCAUGCACAACCUUCAUGGAACAGAGAAAGACAAAGAGGAGGAGGAAGAAAGCAGUGAUGAGGAAAGUGAAGAUGAAGAGGAGGAGGAAGAUAAGAAACCACAGAUGGAACUUGCCAUGAUGCCUCACUACGGGGGGAUUAACAGAGUUAGAGUGACCCGGUGUGGACAGCCGUCGCUGGCUGCUGUGUGGUCAGAGAAGGGGCAGAUAGAAAUAUUUGACCUGAAGUCUCAGCUGGAUGCUGUCCACAGCUCCGCUGCUAUGGAGGCCUUCAUGCAGCAGCAGAAGGAAGCCGCCGCGCUCUUCAGUUUCUCUGGACACAUGAGUGAAGGCUUUGCAUUAGACUGGUCUCCUACAGUACCUGGUCGUCUCGUCAGUGGGGACUGCAAAAAGAACAUCCACGUGUGGGAGCCCCGGGAGGGCGGGACCUCAUGGCAGAUUGACCAGAGACCUUUCAGCUCCCACACCAAGUCUGUGGAGGAUCUCCAGUGGUCGCCCAACGAAGCUACGGUUUUUGCAUCUUGUUCUGUGGAUCACUCUAUUCGUGUCUGGGAUAUUCGCGCCCCACCCAAUUCGAUGCUCUCAGCUGAGGAAGCUCACUCCUGUGACAUUAAUGUAAUCAGCUGGAAUCGGACCGAACCUUUCCUCCUGUCGGGGGGCGACGAUGGACUUCUGAAAGUUUGGGACCUGCGACAGUUUAAGACUGGCCACCCCGUGGCGAACUUCAAGCAGCACAGCGCUCCCAUCACGUCCGUGGAGUGGAGCCCCAUCGACUCGAGCGUGUUCGCCGCCUCCGGAGCAGAUGACGUGAUCAGCCAGUGGGAUCUGUCCGUGGAGUCGUGCGACGUGGGUGCCAGGGUGGAGGGGGUGAAGGACCUGCCCCCUCAGCUGCUCUUCCUGCACCAGGGCCAGUCAGAGAUCAAAGAGAUACACUGGCACCCACAAAUUCCUGGUGUGAUGAUCUCCACGGCCCUGUCAGGGUUCAACGUGUUCAGGACAAUAUCUGUGUGAUGAGUAUGAGUGAAUACCUACGCCUGGAUUUUGAGUAAAACGGAGGAUCGUUGCAUUCAGUAGAAUACAUUUACCGUAAUAUGCACAUACAUGUACAUAACUUUAUAAUGUAAGUAAUUCUGCUUUUAUAACAUGUCAUUAUAGGUGCCCCAUGUUGUUGCUUUUGAGCUGUAUGUUUUAAAACUGCAAACUGUUAAAGGUAUCUCUGGUAUUUGAUACCU